GAACAGUGAGUGAUGGCUCUGCGCCUAAGGGGUAGCAAAGAUGUCAAGAAGAGCUUCUAUUACGUUUGGUAUCUUGGCGCGAGAGAGGCCAAGGGGGUGGACGCGAUGCCCGGUGCUAUAGCUUACCUGCUGGAGCGGGAACGACUUCAAGAACCUUUCAAGGUCACAUUGCAGGUGAGCAACAAAGGUCUGAAGAUUAUACAAACUGUUCAUCCUGGUGGCUCGACGAGAUCGGCAGUCAAACAUUUGGUACCGGGUCACGCGGUGCUGGCAGCCGUACAGCGGGAAGACAUCGUGGCCGCGACUUUGCUCCUGCCAAAUCCAGCGACGAACAAUCCCGUACAUGUGCAUGCAUACAGAUGCGAUUCGGUCGAAACCGCCGAAUUGUUAGGUGGUCAGUUAAAAAUACUAGCGUCACACACUGACAAUUUGGCCAGGGUCACGGCGAGCGAAGGUAGAAUCCGCAGCAAUCUAGGUAGCGAUGGCCGAAGUACCAGAGAAUCUGAGUCUUCCGAAGGUAGCGGUGAGCUCAGACACGAUCCGGUCCAAACUACGACUAUCUAUGAAUCUUUGGCCGCCGAGUUGCGGGCAAAAUUAGGCAGAGGCAAUUCCGGCGAGAACGACGUCGGCCCAAUAUUACUACCGCCACGUGACUACGAUACUGUGCACAGACAUCACGGUAACUUAACCGGCAUCGAGUUCAGACGUUGCCUAAAUCAGACUAUCGUGGGUGGUAGCACGACUGUUGAUAGGGGUGGCACGAGAAGUGCAGCCAGCAGCGGCAUAGGAUCUGAUAGCGCAGCGACGCCACCACCCUAUCAAACGCACCAUUCUCUUGGUCAGAGACCGUCUAGACCGUCUAGAGAUUCCUCCUCCGAUGACGAUUGGGGCGUGCCAAACGAGGACAAUGACUAUUUACCAGAAGUGGAGACAGCUGCAAGUCUGACAUUGCCGCGACUGCCGCGAAGCCCAGAAAGAUUACCCAAUCAAGCAAAUAGGGGAGUUUCACCAAGUUGCAAUAGGAAUCGACGAGCGGCGGAAUUUAGACAGCGAUCACCAAGUCCUCAAUAUCAGCCCAGGGUGAAUCCCGGCGAGGUGACCAGUCCCAGAGAGAGGUUCCAAGAUGCUAAAGAAAUGUUUAGGGCGAUGGAAAGGGAAGCCAUUGCCAGGCCUAUUCUCUCCAGACAGAGAGACAUCGAGCAUCAUCCUAUACACAGAGUCCAGUCGGCUAGACAGGUUCACGAGGAUCGAUCCGGCCGUCAAUAUUCUGCAAGCUUAAACUCCAUGUCCUCGCAUGAACAUGCAGUCAGACGAAGUCAACCGGAUGUGCUUGAUCGUGAAAAUGCCAUAUCUUAUAAGGGUAGACCACGACCCAGGACUCAUCAUUAUACGAUUGAACAUCCACCCGAGCCAGAGAUUUCGAGACCGCGACCAAGAAGCUUCUACGAGAAUUUGUCGAUCGGCAGAGAUUUCAGAGAUCAGAGGACUCUCGUAGAUCAGAGAGAUAUGCGAGAAUUUCGAGAACGUGCACAGCACCCACGAGAAUUACGCGACAAGUUGCGAACGAGAAGCUCGACCUACCAGGAAUUGUCGGAGCAUGAAAGAUAUCCUGGACUUGAUCGUGAAAGUGCCAGACCGCCGUUGGAAAUGAUCCCAACAUCCGGUAGAUAUCGUCACAGCUAUGCCGAACCGCCGAGAUUGGGUCUGGCUGCGCUUCAUCCCUAUUGAUGCG